AUGUCUCUCCGUCCCAAUACUGAACUGAAAACGAAAAUCCUCAUCACAGGAGCCAACACGGGAAUAGGAUAUGAGACCUGCCUGGCGCUCUACGAUCUCAAAUUCCAUAUACGAUCUUCCUUGGUUCAAGAUCAAGGAUCAAUGCUGAGAAUGCAAUCAAGAAGCUUCACGAGCAGAUCAACGUCGACCAAUCAAGGUCCGGCUCAGACUCAGAGGACAGAUAAACUUGACGUCCUGGUGAAUAAUGCUGGAGCAGCGUUCGAUGGCACUGGACCAAAAAAUGGAAUGAGUCAAAGGGAGAUAUUCAAUCGAACUUUCAAUAUCAACGUCACUGGAACACAUGUUAUGACUCAAACGUUCAUACCACUUUUAUUCAACUCGACCAAUCCAAUAAUCCUAUUUCUUACCUCUGGAUCAGCUAGUCUGACACGUACGGAAGAUACUAGCUUCUCACUUAACAAGUCGCCCGGACCGGGAUGGCCCAAAGAAGAAGACGGGGAAGGAGGAUAUUUAUCUUAUAAAUCGUAUGGUCCAUCAAUCCUGGAACAGUCUUUGACUGGUCUGGGAGGUGACAAAGAACAAUUGAAGAAAUGGAAUGCAAAAUCACCGGAGACAAGUGGGAUAUUCAUUAGAAAUGUGAUCGAGGGAAAGAGGGAUGAUCAAGUUGGGAAAAGUAUCUCACCACCUGGCGCACCUUCUGGUGAUAUCCUGCCUUGGUAG